AUGGAAGAGCUACGAUCUGGACUCUCUAACCGGUUAGACCAACCGCAUGUAACAGUACAAGAUGCACCACCAAAGGGGAACCAUGCAUUUACCAACCAAAGCUCCCCCUACGUGAGCGGAGAAUCUUUCAAACUGGACAAAGCCGUUCUUUCUCACAAGAUGAACCGCGUGACAGAUGUUCUGCGUAACGUUUUAUUGAUAUCCAGUCUUCACUAUGCGUGGAAUAAAAGACCGUAUGAUGUGUACAAAUUAUAUCAACACAUUGUCCUUUAUCGAGAUUCGCACCUGAAUGGCCUUAUGUUAUAUCUGGACGCUACACGCCAAUCGCUUGACAAUGACUCUACGGCGUCGAAAGAGGCCGAAACCGAGAUGAUAGAUCGUUACAUCAUACUGGUGUGCAAUUUCGUACAAAGUCAAAAGAGCCGUGUAGACGACUUUUUGAGAAGUCACGAUAUAGUCGCUUCACCCUUUAAUUCUGGAGACCCCUUGUCUUUAAUACACAAAUGGCACCACCAAGAAGAAACCGGUCCUGAAUUUCGCCUCAGAACAGUGUCCAUGAUGCCAUUCUUCUUUGCCCCUACCACUUGGGACAUAAUGCCUGCAGAUAUAGAUGCACGAGCAAUCAUAGAUGCUCUCAAACAAACUACUUAUCUGCACGGCUUGAGAUAUAGAAAUGCGUUAGCAGAUACGGUGACUAAUGCAACCUGGAAAGUUUGGAAGAGUGGCAGCGCUCUAAAGCUAUUCUCUGCACUCAUCAAUGGCCACAUGGAAAUCUUCCCCGAUGUUGCACAGUCGUCCUCGGAUGAGAGUCAAGAUGAUGAAGGUCGGCCAGUUCUAUCGUCUUGGUCCGGUCUCUGCGUCGGAGUCGGCAUGUAUCUGGCUACUGUCCUUGGAAUGAGCAACCGGGGCUUACCACCGGUAACUCAAUUACAUCAUCACACCCUCAAUAUCUUGAAACGUGAUAUGGAGAGGGGUUUACGAUAUCUAGAUAAAAUGAGUGAGGAGGAGCAAGAUUUGUGGUUUUGGAAGGCAUUCACUGGGUCGUUGAGUUUAAUGCAUGCCCAGUCACUCUCGUAUAGUAAACAGUUGGACAAACUGUUAUUAGAAUUCACUUCCUACCUACGAAUAUGGGUGGCAAGGUUGGGUGUCACGCAGUGGGAAGAAGCCAGGACAGUAUUAAUGCGAACUGCUUGGCCUGCCUUUAACUUCCAUGAUAUCAAGGGAAAUUAA